UUUAUUUUCCUAGAGUAUAGGACAAGAUCUCCCGAGAGUUAAGAUGGAUAGGGCUAUUUUAUCUCCUUCAAAAACAAACAGCUCGCCUCCUGAGAAGACUUUAAAAUUGCUUCAUGACAGAUUGGAUCAAGCAGAAAAUGAAGCAAAGAAACUAUCUGAGCAUUUAUCAAGAUAUGGUUUUAAGAGUGAUAUUGCUAAGACACCAAGUAAUACUGGAAGACGAAGUGUCAUUGAAACUAUAGCACCUUUUGAACUUGAUAAGUAUGAAGAAGGAAAGUAUGAAAUUUUGAAAAACAAUUAUCAGGAAUUAGUAUCUCGUGUUUGCCGUACAGAAAGCAUUGUCCACUCUUUAAAGCUUGCUCUGGUUAGCUUGGAGGCUGAAAAAACCCUGAUGAACAAAGAUUCUGUCGCAGGAACACUUAGCGCAAAUGAAUCAUAUGAAAAAGAGUUGAAAAAAUUAAAAAAAGACUUGGUUAAUGCUAGGAAAACUCUUGAUGAAAGUGAGAAAUUUAGAGUUCAGACUGAACUGGAUUUUCAAAAAUUAAGGGAUGUUCUUAACAUCAAAUCUGGUUCAAAUGUAAAUGUAGUUGAAAAAGUAAAGGAACUAAAAGCAACAAGUGAUAGGUUAACAAUACAAAUCAAUGAGCUUAGAGAGCGGCUCAAUCAUGAGAAAGGUCUACGGGAGAACUUUGAGGAUUCUCAUGAGGACCUCUUAAGUCGGGUUGCGGAGAUGGAAAAACUGGUUGAAAGAGAAAAUCAGGAAAUGAAAUUGUUUUCUGGUGAUUGUGCAAGAUUGAAAAAGGAAUUAAAUAAGAGCAGAACACAAUAUAAUAGGGAAUACCAAACUAGGAUGCAACUGGAGAAUUUGGUUGAAAGAUUAAAACAUGAAGCAGACGAAAUGGAGUCAAAACUUUUAAAUAUUUCAAAUGAGAGAAAGGAUUUAGAUUCAAACAUUUCAAAAAUAAAACGUGAAAAUAAGGAGUUAAGACAACAACUAGAAAAUGUACGGAAAUCCAGUGAAACUUUAAAGGAAGUUAAUUUGGACUUGGAAAAACGUUUUAAAGGAACAAAUGAAGCUCUGCAAGUAAUGGAAAAAGAUAACAAGAUUUUGGUGGCAAAACAUCGAGACUCUGUUGAAAAAGAAAGGCAAAUGUUUGGAGAGAAACUCAAAGAACAGGAUAGAUUGCUUGAUGAAGCUAAAGAAAGUAUCUUCCAGGAGUUAAGAAAAGAAAAGCAAGCAAUUUUAGAAGGAGAAAAAGAAAUUAAAAGGCUUAAAGAAGAAAAUAAUUCACUUCAGGAACUGUUGAAGAAAAAGGAUGUGGAGUUGAUGAAUCUAAAAGAUAUUUUGCAAAAAUUAACUGCAGAUCGUGAAAAAAUGAUUGAAGAGAAUGAUCAAGUAUUAACUGAGAUCAAACAUGAUUUAGACCAGUUUGUCUCUGAAAAGAUAUCUCUUGUUGCUGAGCUUGAUAACAGAAAGAUCGAAUACAAUAAAAUAUGUGAAGAAAACGCACAACUUCAGGAGGAUUGUGAAACAGCGAGAACACGUUUAGCUGAGUUAGAACACCAACUGACAAAUCACGAUCGUAUUAACGUCGCUCUACAGAACAUGGUGGAAGAUAAAAGAAAACUAGCCUAUGAGAAUGGCGUUUUACAAACGGAAAAUGAGAACUUGAUGUCAAACGUUAAAGCAGUUGAAAGGAAAGUACGAGAGUUGAGAAGUUUUGCAUUGGGUAAAGAAAAGGAAGCUGAGUUAUUGGUCAGGGAACGAGAAGAGGCUGAGAAAACAACAGCACGGGUCAUAAGCGAGGCUGACCAAUAUGAAAGAAAAUAUUCUAAACAGAUCGAUUCUUUACGGAGUGCUCUUCUCCAAGCCAAGGACGACAAUAAAAAAUUAGCGGGAACACUUGAUGCUGUGAUUACGUCACAUACUCAGCUUCAGUCCUCUUGCGAAACUCUUCAAACUGAGCUGGGUAAACGAGACAGCCGGCUGAGCUAUCUUGAUAAAGAAAGAUCAGAAACUGAGACAAGGAUUAUGGGUUUAAAUGGAGAAGUUGAGUCAUUGAAGGCUAAACUAACCCACCAAAAUGAGGCUGAAUUACAAGAGGUGACCACUGUUCGCGAAACACUCUUGUUGCUGGAAAAAGACCGAGAGAAGUUACUGAAGACUGUAGAACCAUUGAUGAAGACAAACAGAGAUCUUCAAGAAUCUCUGGAAGGAUUGGCGAAUGAAUUGAGACAGAAAAAUAACGAGAUUAAGAAGUUACGAGCAUCCUCUGUUAACGUCAAGAAAGAGAUGGAAAUAGAGGCUGUUGCCUUGGAAACAAAAGUGGAUGAUGUGAAAAAGGAAUUCGAUACGCAGAUGAGAGAGGUGAAGAAGCUUCAUAAAAGAGAAAUUGCAAAGUUACGCAAGGAUUUCCAGGAAAUGGUAAAACUAAAAAAUGCUUUGAAAGACGAGAACACGGCCUUGAAGACUGGGCAAGAGGAAGCUGAGAGUAAGCAGAAAAAAUUGAAGGAAAAAUUACGACAAACUAAAAAUGAAUUAGACGCUUGUUUGAAACUGCAAUCCGAGCAACACACUGAACUAGAAACAGCAAGAGACAGAAUUAAUGUGAUGAGCCAUGAACUUGCAAUAUUGGAAAAACUCAAAUCAGAAUACACGCAAAAUAAUAUGGAACAGGCUCGUUCUCUCCAGGAAUUUAUAUCACAGCUGACAGAUCUUCAAGAAGAGUUCAGGAACUUGGCCGAGGCACAACAAGGAACCAGUUUACUUUGCAGCCAAAAAGAUGAUAAAAUUAAGAGAGAAAGAAUGCGAAGAAAAGAUCUUGAGAUGGAUUAUUAUAAAUUAAAGAAUCACCAAAAACAAUUGAAAGUAAAACAGGAUGUGACUGAGCGACAGCUAGAAGAAGUGAAUUAUGAAUCUCAGCAGGUUGCUGUUAAUUUGCAAGAGGCUCACGAAUGGUUUAAGAAUAAAUUCGCUAAUCUUCAGUCAGAGCUUGAUAAAUCGAGAAAGAUACAAUCAGUUUUACAACAGGAUAACGUCGAUCAUCACAAAGCUCUUCACGAGGAGAGAAAAAGAGCGAAGGAAGCAACGGAGAAAGCAAAAGAAAUAAUAAAAUCAAGUCGGAUGAUGAUCUCAAGACUGGUUGGUCAAGUAUCAAGUACAUCACAAGCCAGUAGAGAAACAAUUGAAUCCACGGACCCCGAAAAAGGGACAAUUUAACAAACAGAUCAUUAGUAAAUUACAGCUGCUAAUAAAGCGACGUUUAAAGUUUUCAGCCGUCACUCGACAACUAGGAAAUAUAUUUGACCGCGGACUACAUGGCAGUAAACGGUG